CACAAAACCUUUAGGGAGUUGUUUUUGAACAGUUUUUACCACCCGAAAAAUAUCGCAAGCAAGGCAUUACACAACUUUAUUUUCAUCGAUGGAACGAGCAGAUCAGAUCAUCGUCAAGGCUUUGGAGGGCAACAAAAAAUGUGCCGACUGCGGGGUACCCAACCCGACUUGGUGCAGUGUCAGUUUCGGGAUUCUCUUGUGUAUAGAAUGUUCCGGCAAGCACCGCGGAUUGGGCGUUCACAUUUCCUUCGUGCGGAGCUUAGAUAUGGAUUCCUUCACGGAGAAACAAUUGGAAAUCAUGAAGGAACACGGUGGAAACGAACGAUGCAAUUCGUAUCUUCGUGAUGGAGGAAUUCCUUUAUCCGUAUCAGAAGUGAGCAUCAGGGAAAAAUACGACAACAAGGUUGCCGAGCUCUACAAAUUGAAGAUAAAAGCACGAGGAGAAGGACGUCCAGAGCCAACUGCGUUGGAGUCGCCGACUUCCAACGAGCAAGAAAAACAACUACAUAUACCGAAACCACCUAGAGCCCAUCUUGGAUUUGAGAACACCACUCCGCCACCAAUCUUUCUGUCUUCCUUGCUGUCUGCUUAUGGAUUUUUGCUCGGACCCAUCCGGUCAAUACUCCUCAACACUCUCCACGAAAAGCCGUGGGCGAUGCGAGGCGUAUGCUUAUUUGCAGGUACUUUGGGAGCGCUUGCUACAACCUCCGAUUCCCGCUGGCCGUUGCUCCGGAAAAUAUCUAGGGGGACCUUGUCGGUGGUCGGGCUUUUCUUUUUUGCACUCGCGCCGCUACACUUCGCGUACGGCUUUCGCACCCAAAGGUUGCCGGCAUUUCCGUCAGCCGUUGAGGACUACACUAAGAGGUGCAAGAGUUCGAGAGCAAAGCGAAACAAGGGCUACGAAGUCUUUUUCCCCCCCGGCGUCGGCAUUGGAGAUUCAGUGGACAAAGCCCUGAUCUUCUAUCCCGGCCUGAUGGUCGAUCACAUGGCGUAUGCAACCGUUUUGGGAAAGCUCAGCGACAUGGGAAUUCUGGUACUGUUGGCAAGCGCUGAGCCCUCUCGGGUUUGUACCGAGAUUGCCACGGUCGAGCACGUAAAGCGGUUGAGACACGAAAUAUCUGUCCUCAUGAAUAUUUCGGUCGGGGAAUGGAUUCUGGGCGGGCACUCGUUGGGAGGGGUUGCAGCCGCCUCCUUUUUUGCAAAAAAAACAUCCUCUGGGUUUCCUCGCGACAUCAAACGGGUGGUUCAAUGGGCAUCUCCCGAGGACGCCGGCAUUUUGCGCAGAAUACAGGAAGCUGGUCCUGCGGUGGAUGCCGACGCCAUCCAUUUAGAAUCACACCUGGGGAUUUACGGAACGUGCGACGGGGCUGUUGAGCUGAAAGGUAGCAGCGUAAUGACGAGCAAGUGUCCAGAAAAUUCGGAAAUUGAAAUUAUUGUUGGCGGGAAUCAUGCUGGGUUCGCGCAUUAUGGUCCUCAAUUUUUUCCGAAACCGGAUUGGGAGCGCAAGGGAAUUACAGCGGAGGAACAGCAAGCGAAGGCAAUAAAAUGGACAGCAGAUUACAUCCUACAAAGCAACAAAAACAAAAAAUGAAAUCUAGUUAUGAAAGCAUGUUAUAUGGUACAUGGGUACGCCAAGGUUGUCUCUGCUGUUGGCUGUGGAAAGUUUCAAAAUAGAUCUCCAGAAUGGAAGCUGAAAUAUAGGAGACGAAGACUG